AUGGCUUCAGAGAACAAUGACCGUACCCUUCCACGUCAUUCAACUAAUGCCGGAGUACGUCGGGGCAGCAGAAACGCUUCCCGCACCAGCUCUCUCAGACUCUCAAUCAUCGAAGAAGAUGCCAAUUACGUGGCACUGCCUCCCACCUCCCCCCCGAAAACACACAAUCGCCCUUUCCACCGGAGAUUCUUAGGAGAACCUCCCCGCUAUAGCGGACGAUCACCUCCUACAUAUACACUAUGGGAUGUGAAGGGUCCCAAGGGGGAGAAGUUUGAAGACUUGAGGAACAAUGCAUAUGUCGCGCGGAGAGGUGGAUGGCGGCGCAUCUGUGUCGUAGCCGUGAUCUUCAUUGCCUGCCUCGUCGCUCUGGUUGUCGGACUCGCCGUCGGUCUGCAUAAAAAACACAGCAGCAGUAGCGCUACCCCUGCGGUGCCCUCCUCGAGCUCCUCCCCCAGCGCCGGACCUUUCCCAAUCGGCUCCUAUACCUUCAUCACCUUCCUCGACACCACCUCCACCAACUGCACUUCCAACCCGGAAAGCUGGAAAUGCGAACCCUCCGUCACCUACGCCACCUCCCCCACCGACUCCCAGGCCACCUUCAACUGGCUCAUCUCGGCCGCGGUUUCCACUGCCGACCCCGCGUCCAACCUCACCAUCUCCUCGACGGACAAUCCCUUCUCCAUCGACUUCUCCAACGCAACGCUCACCCUCGUCGAUGCCGGCACGGACAACGAGCGCUACACCUUCACCACGACGGUCGAAAAGUCCGUCUUCCCGUCCUUCAACGUCAGGUGCGACUACAACGACACCCUGUUCACGGCGGAUCUGUACACCAGCAAGCCGAAAUCGUAUCCGAGCAACUCGACCGGUGCGACGUCGUCGGUGGGCGGCGCUUUCGCCAAUUGGAACUAUGCCGUGGACGCGACGCAGUCGAUCGGCGGCGGGGUGGACGUGCCGGCGUGCUACGAAUUGAACAACGGGCAGCCGGGGGACCGGGUCACCUCGGGCUACGACGUGAUGCCGGCGGCCGAUUUCUGCAGCUGCGCGUACAAGAAUUACGAUCCUUGA